AUGGCCGACGACGACUACGAUGAUAUGGACAUGGGGUAUGCUCGAGCUAUUGCUCUUUGUUCCCUCCCUUCCUUCCCUUCUUUCCCUUCCUCUUUCUAUCAGGGUGAUUUUUGGCUUUCCAUUUUCUAUCUCUAGUUAAAAAAACAUCUCGGCCUGUAUUGUCUCAGAUACUAAAGUAUACUUCCUAUUUAGUUAAGUAUUUUAUCUUUUUCGUGUCAUUACAAUUGAAUACCGUCAUUUAAAGAUGUGGAGUGAUCAAAUAUACAUUUUCUAUCUAGUUAAAUCUUUUUCGUGUCAUGACUAUCUGCAUGUCAAGACUUGCAGUGGUCAAAUUAUAGAUCACCAUUGCCUUGCAUAUUUCAACCAUUCUGCACAAACAAUUUUUGAGGGUUGAAUACCCAGAAAACGACACAGGCUUCAGAAAGCAGGUUGUAUCCAGUUUCUUAUCGUCACAAUCGAUAAUUUCUUGGUAAAAGGUACGGAAUGAAAUCAUGUGGUGUUGUAAAAUAUUUUCAGGUUCAUUACUAUAAUAUUACUGGUGUGGAGUAUUCCAGGAUUAUUGUGACGUUGGUGUUGAAGCAUUUAUUCUGCAUAAACUGCAAUGCAUGAUAAUUAAUAUUAAAUGAAUAACUAUGAUAUAUAAGUAGCUGAUUUGCGGUUUAACUUGUAUUAUAGAUGUAGGAAUUUAUCUCUAUAUAAAUCUUGAAAUUGAUGAUGAGAAGCUAGCAUUCUAUUGAAGCAAUGAUCAACAUAUCUUCCUCCUAAAAAAAAGAAUUUUUCGUUUUGAAAGGUUGAUUUCAAGUUGAAAUCAGGUUAACAAUAAAUUAAACUUCCGGAUAGAAAAAGGUUCCUCUUUGAAUUAGUUUCUUGUCCGAGCAAUGUAUUACCUCUUAAUAGGUCGUACAUUACAAACUGACGCGUGAAAAUUUACUGACGGGGAUUAUUGUUUCUGAAUUGUAGUUGUUUAUUUCGUUAAAUCAUUGUUAUUAGUUCCUAGAUUUUCCUUUCCGUACCAAGUUACUGUGAUCUUUCCUUCAACUUUUGUCAGAGAGAAAAAAAUCAAUUAAACAUUUUCUUAUUACGAAAAUCAUAGAAAAAAUAUAUUUCAAUUUUUUGCGGCAGUUGUGCAUGUGAUAACUGAUUUUUUUAAAAAACUUGAACAUUGUUUGAGGUACGAGGACGAACCCCCGGAACCAGAAAUAGAGGUAAAUUUCUUCUCUCUGACAUGGUAGGCAACAUUUUCAUGUGGCAAACUCAGCACGUAAGAUUAUAAUUUUUCGUUGCAGGAAGGAGCAGAGGAGGAGAUAGAGAAGGCUAACGAAGAGGUUACUGAUACCUUUGUCGGUGCUGAAGCUGAAGAGAAGGAAGAGAGGCCACCGGUAGAACGCCCUAGGAAGACUUCGAAAUACAUGACCAAGUAUGAACGUGCAAGAAUUUUGGGCACACGUGCCCUCCAGAUAAGGUACUUUAUUUUGACCCUCCUUAUGCUACCUGAUUUUGCCAAAUUACUAAACAAUAAUUGAUGGUGGAACAGCAUGAAUGCUCCGGUGAUGGUUGAGCUCGAGGGUGAAACCGAUCCAUUGGAGGUAAGGGCUUGCCACUGUCACACAUCUCCAGCUGAACCGCGAUUGUCUCAGAUUUCAUUUAGCAACCCAUUUAAUCAUUGACUGACGCCAUAUUCAUUUAAUUCUGACGUGAAGAUUGCCAUGAAAGAGCUCCGACAGAGGAAGAUACCCUUCACGAUUCGGCGCUAUUUGCCCGAUGGAAGGCACGUCUCUCGAUUACUUGAUACACAGAUGCUUCCUUUUCCAGUUGACUCGCAUCUUCGUUAUCUGACAGUACACGCCAAUCUUUCCUGUGGAUGGCCCACAGUUACGAGGACUGGGGCGUGGAUGAGCUCAUUGUGGAGGACACCUGGAGAAGGCAAGUGGGGGGCGAUUAG